AUGGGUUCCCACUGUGCCAAGCUAGGCACAGGCCACAGCCGGGGCCACGAAUCCUCCAUGAAGAAGCUCGUGGCCUGCGUGAGUCAAGAUAACUUCUCCUUGUCCUCAGAGGGUGAGGAAGAGGAAGAGGGAGAAGAGGAGGAGGAGGAAGAGGAGCUCCCAGUACAGGGCAAACUGCUGCUGCUGGAGCCUGAGAGGCAGGAGGAAGGCUCUGAAGACGACCCUGUGGCCCAGCAGAGCCCCGAGCCCAAGCAGACGCACUCCUGA